GUCGAUUAGUUAGUGUGUUUCAUUUUUGUUCUUUGUCCGUAAUGAUUGAAAUUGACAACACAUAUAUGAAUGCUUUCUAGGAGCUUGCAUAUUUGUUAAAAGAGAAUAACAUGUCUCUGGCAGCGAUUCAGGCAGCUCAUGAGUCGGGAAUAAAUAACUUGGGCUUAGAACUUGAGAAAGAACGUGACAAGUUAGCAAAUAUUCAUCUAAAAUUACAAGGUUCUUCCCUACUCUUUCAAUGUCCAAUUGUAAUAUCACAUUUUGUCGUCUUAAAUUUCUCGCCUGAUCUGUUUUCCAUUCCUAGAGGAACUGAAGUUGAAUAAAUCCUUUCAAGAGGAGCUGAACUUAUCAAAAGUGGACAAGGACAAAAAAAUGGAGAUGAACAAAAUUCGUGAUGAAUUGAAUGAGAAAAUAUCAGAAGUAAGACGAUUACAAAUAGAAUUGACUAGAAGGGAGAAUGCAGAAACAGAUGACAUUGCAGAUGGUUUAAAAAGAGUGAUUGCAACCCUGGAGAAGGAGAACAAUAAUCUUAAGUCUGAUAAAAUAAAUCUGGACAUCCAAAGGGUUGUUGGGUAUCGCCAAUGGUGUAAUAAACUUUGGAAUGCUAUGCGAUUUGCCAUGAGCAAACUUGGAGAUAAUUACACCCCUCUAACAAAUGUGGUUCCAGAUAUCAUGCCAUUUAACUGCCAGUGGAUUCUCUCCGUGUUGAACAAGGCCAUAUCAAAAACUGUGACAUCACUGGACUCGUAUGAAUUUUCUGAUGCUGUUACUGCAGUAUAUUCAUGGUGGCAGUUCCAGUUGUGUGAUGUGUUUAUUGAAGCCGUCAAGCCCUACUUUGCCAGUGAUGCUCAAGCAUUUGCUUCUGAAAGGAGUUAUGCACAAGACACCUUGUCGUGCUGGACAAAUGAGAAAGUAGAGUAUGAGAUGGAUAUGAUUGAGUCAGCCGUGAAAUCACUCAGGUCACUCAGGGCGUUGAUGCCUGCAAAAGAAAGGCAUGAAAGAGCGUGAUGAGUUACGUAAAGACAUUGAACAGCUGUGUAUGCAGCAAGCUGGUCCUGGUUACCUUGCUGUGGCUACUCGAAUGCAUUUUCAG